UGGAGACGCCAUUUGCCAAAUAUUCCGGAGGUCCAGAAGCUAUACGCAACGAAAUUCAUUUUUCGCAUGAAAAAUAAUACUAUUGAAGAACAAGGAUCGGACCACUAUCACAAGAUUGUGUUUACGUUAUGUAUACAGUUAGUUGAUUACCGAAAGUACAACGUAAAGUAUAAAUAGUUCGAUUUAAGUACGCGAAAGACUUUAAGUAGUUUGUGUUGUGAAUAUUGAAGUUAAAAGUCUUGAUAAGUUAGUAGUUUGGAAUAAAAUGUUUUCAAUGAAGAAGCGGAAUGUAUUCCAGUGUUUAUAUGGUAGCAAGAGAGAUGUCGACAGACCGAAGUUUACUGUGCAAUUAUGGACUCCGAAGACUCACGGGAUGCCUCAUCAGGAAAUGAGAGUGAUGAUAAGGGACCACAAAGUCCCCUGAGUUCCCACAGCAGAGGAUCAAGAUCUAGGUCUGGAAGUAGAUCAGUGUCCCCAGCUAAUGGUCCAAAAUCUCCAGAUUCAGUGAACAGCAGUGCGAGGUCACCUGCUGAACCCCUGUCUCCAAAUAGUCCACAAUCUCCAAAUAGCCCACAAUCUCCUCGCAGUGGCCCUCAGUCACCAGGCAGUGAAUCGAGGAAUGGUCCUCAAUCACCACAAAAUGCUCCUCAAUCUCCACAAAGUGGACCAGAGUCCCCAGCUAGCAGGGAUGUGGCUAGGUCAAGAAGCAGAUCCAGUUCAUCUGAAGGGCGGGCACAUUCCAGAAGCCAGAAUAGUGCACCACUUUCUCCAGGUUCACCAACAGAUAGGUUGAACAGCAAUGGGCCUCGUUCGCCGUCUGUAAAUUCGUCAAGAAGCAGUUCUCCGGCCAGUCCCACUCGCGAAGAUGUAUCCGAGGACGAUCGACGGUCCGCCAAAUCGGUCAGUUCUGAAGACAGCAGUAAAAAGUCUAAAUCGGCGUCGGUGGGUCGGUUUAGCAGGAACUCAAGUUCCUCGGGUUCGAGACGGUCUAGAACCGGUCGAAAGUCUGAUGGGAAUUCGUCGGAUUCUAGUGCCAGUAGCGUCGAUUCGUCCAGUCGGAAGAACAAGAACGUGGGGAAGGCCGUGGACACACAACCAGAAGCAAUAUCUGAUGGUGAUAUGGAAUCUGAUCAAGAAACAGACCUAAAGAGGGAAAAGAAACCUGAAAAAGCUCCACAUGCUGAAAUUAAUAUUUCCCAUGAGGAUCUUUCUGACGUGUCUGAUUUGGAUGAAUCUAUAGGUGGACAAUCUUAUGACAGCAAACCAGAAAAAAGUGACAAAGACAAUCGAAGGGAAAAUAGUGACGAUUGUAAGGGAUAUGAUGAUGUCAAAAAGAUUUCAGAGAAAAACAAUAGAGCUGAAGAUGGAGAAGAACAGUUGGAUUUUGAAGCUGAAGAUGGUGAAUGUGGAGAAGUUGACUCCAAAGAUCCAGAGGAAAGAUCAAAAGAUAAAGCAGAAGCUGACAGAGAAGAUGGGGAAAUGUUUGAUGACAAGAAACCAGAUAAGGUAAAAGAAGAUCUUGAGGAAGGAGAGGUGACAGAUGAAGAUGACGUUAGGCCAGAAGAGACUGAACCUAGACCAGUAUGUAGGUUCUUUUCUAGAGGUCAAUGUACGUGGGGUGCAAGUUGUCGGUUCCUUCAUCCAGGCGUCACGGACAAAGGAAAUUAUACCAUGUUUGAAAUGAUUAGACCUGUAGUGCCAGGCGAACUUGGAAGAGAAGAGAGGAUGUACGGAAAACUUGAAUUGCCUCCAAUUGAAUCUGCAUGGGAAAGAGGAUUAAGGACAGCCAAGGAGAUGUUACGGAAAUCUGUGAAACGCAAGGAACAAGAUAUUGAUUUUGAGGAGAAAAAACUUAACUUGAGUCUAGCUCAAGAAGAGUUGGACAAGGAAAACGGAUAUUAUGGAAGGGGACCGUCUCCAGAACCAAGAUAUGUGCGUCAUAUACCAACUGACUACCCUAUGCGAACAACCCCCGAGGAAUAUUACUCGAGAAGACAGGUUGUCUACGAACCAUACGAUGCCAUGCCUCCUGCGAGGGAAAGGGUGAGGUCAUACAGGGAGUUGCCCUCACACAGAAUGCCAGAUUAUUAUAACAACAAGUACGAGGAGGAAGCCAUGUCGAGUAAACGAAUCCGACCCAAACGUGAGGUCAUUGUUCAAAGGGUCGAGGAAAGACCGGGAAGAGCUGAUGAGUGGUCUGAUCCGUGGAUGCGGUCCAAAUCUCCCGCCGGACGAAGGAAAGAAGGCGGACGUAAACGUUCGUAUAGCUCGGGAUCUAGCUACUCUUCUAGCAGUUCUUCUAGAUCAUCGUCCGAUUCAAGUCGCAGUAGCUACAGAUCACGAUCUAGAUCCUCACAUAGGAGGAGGAGGUCACGUUCACGAAGAAGCCGACAAGUGUCGCCGUCUAUAAUUGUAUCAGAAAGGAAGGCUGCGAAUGAGCGUGCUGCACUUAUGAAUCCCCCUGCACCCAAGAGAAGAGUUCCAUCACCAGGAAUGAUGAGAGUCAGCGCAGCAAAUCCACCUGCCCCGUCGAAAGAAGACCAGUUUGGUAGAAGUAGGAAAUUAGCUGCAGCUUUGGCUAGAGUUAAGGGUCGCAGGAGGUCUUCGCGUUCAUCAUCGGAUAGUUCCGGAUCUUCAUCGAGUGACUCAGAUUCAUCCGGGUCGAGCAGCUCCACCAGUAGAGACGGUAGUCCACCGCCUAGGCGGGGCGCAGGAAUGGACAUAUCAAUCGCGAAAGCAGUUGAUGCUUUAAAAGGUGGAGAGAAGCGACAAAUAAAGUUAAAUUUGAAAAAUCCGAUGGGGUCUCGAAAAGAACUGGUCGAUUUAGCCAGAAAGGCUGAAGCCGCCCAGGGUAAAAAACGGAUGGCCAGUUCUCCGCCAGCGGAUCCUAAAUCAAAGAAGGGCACAUCAAGAAGGGAAGAACUUCUCAAGCAGCUCAAAGCUGUUGAAGAUGCAAUAGCUAAAAAGCGGUCGAAAACAAAUUAACAUAACAGUUAGUCUGUGUUUAUUAUUAUGUUGAAUGUACUAUGUGAUAGAAUUGGAAAUGUUAUCCCAUCGUUAGGUGGUUUUAUACAUAUUUCUGACAUUCUCAAAUACAUUUUUUGCAUGUAAUAUUUCAUUUUUAAAUGUACAACAUUACUUUGUCAUGUAAGUUAUCUUUCGAAUAUAGUACUGACGAUUAAUUGAGGUUUUAUUAGUUAGAUGCUUUCUGUUAGAAUAGACUGAUAUUUCGAAAAUUCACAUAUAAUGCAUACUACAUGUAUAAUUUACAUUAUUUGUGAUUGAACAUGGAAAUGUAGAUUACAUAGAUAUUUUGUAUUAUUUCAUACUUGAAUGUCGUUUUAUAAAUUUUUAUUUUCAAAAGUGUAUAUAUCCAGUUUACAAACACGUGAAUAAACGAUUCGUUUAA